GUCACCAUGGUACUAUUGGGUGAGCAGUCCAGUGUUGGGCUGUUGGUGGCCUUACCUCGAGAUGUAGCCGCUGAGCAAAGGCACAAAAUGGGUGGAAGAAGUGCGAGGUUCCGUCGGUCUAAGUUUUCAAGAGCAGGGGUCUCAGGGGUUGGAGAGGUCGAUUCUCCGCACGGUUUCUUGGCCAACGACGACGUGAAGCAACAUCCCCUCUCCGCAGCAAAGUACCUCACAGAACUCCGCCAGAAACAAUGUGGGCCGGCCUCCUAAACGAAGCCUUCGAAGAGGUCGGGAACCCGACCCUCUACGCCUUCGGGGUGCUCACCACCCUCUGCUACGUCUUGGGUCUGCUGACCGGCAAUUGCUCCUGGGUGGACAGAGGAUGGUCCAUCUUCCCUGUUGUCUACACCUACUUUUUGGCCGGGGCGGAUAUCCGGAGUCAAGUAGUCUCGACUGCAAUUCUGAUCUGGGGGUUGAGGCUGUCGUACAAUUUUUGGAGAAAAGGUGGUUAUAACCCAAAGGACGAAGACUACCGAUGGGAAUACCUGCGCCAAAUCAUCCCUGCAGGCUUCCUCUGGCAGGCCUUCCAUCUCGUUUUCAUUUCCUUCUACCAAAACCUCCUCUUGCUCUGCAUCGCGGUACCGAUGACACAAAUAAAGCGCAGUGGGACUGUGGCGCCAGAAUGGACGUCACUGGACACGAUCGUGUUGGGCGCCUUCGCGGCAUGCUUGAUAGGGGAAAUCACGGCGGAUAACCAGCAGCUUGCGUUCCAGACCGCAAAGUAUGCUAGAUUAGAUGCCCGGAAGAAGGCUGGAAAGGGCUCGGUUGAAAACGACCCGAAGUUUGCGCGCGGGUUCAUUACAUCUGGGCUGUUCAAGUACUCUCGCCACCCCAACUUCUUUUGCGAGAUCUCUCUGUGGUGGUGUGUCUACGCGUUCUCCGUGUCAGCGAACCUGGCGGGUCUUGCGGCGCAGAAGGGAUCGAACCUCACCUUGGAGACGCUGGUCGGCUUGGUUGCUGAGGAUCCGUAUCGGCUUGUGAAUUGGACGAUUGUGGGGGCAGUGCAGUUGACACUGCUCUUCCAGGGCAGCACUACUUUCACGGAGUACAUUACGGCGCGGAAGUACCCUCUGUACAAGUUGUAUCAGCGCUCUACCUCGAGACUGAUACCCCUGUGGCCCGGGAACUUGGCUGCUCUGGAGACGGCUGAUGCGGGCAAGGCGAAAGCUUUAUAGCACCUUCAAUAUCGAGACACGCUCAAUCGUGGCGUAUGGGCAUGACGGGCUGGUCCACCGCAUAAACUCUAAGGAUCACUCGUGCCCUCUAGAAUAGACUUCUGCUAGGCGCCGUGCUGCCUAUUCUCCAUCUGCCGAUAUAGCCCUCGUAGUCCCACCCCCUCGUGAUGGGAACCACUACUGUCCACAUUCCUUCCGUAAAUUAUGACGUGACGGAGAUCUAGCUAUAUGAAUGCUGAACUGAUGCUGGCGGACGUACAGUACAUCAGUCCGUACAGCUUCCUUUCGUCAAGCGACAGUCGGCAGUCCGAAUCGCACGCGUCAAUAGGUGUGUCACGCGUUUUCGCC